AUGGCAUCGGACGUCGUCUUGCAGGCAAAUGAAUUGAAGUCGAAGGCAAAUGAAUACUUUGCAAGUACACUGUAAUUUCAUCUUUCUUCUAUUCUCUAGGCGGUGAUUAUACAGAUGCUAUCGCCUACUACUCAAAAGCCAUCGAACUUCAUGAAACUGCUGUCUUUUUCGCUAACCGCAGCUUCGCCUACUUAAGGACAGAAAUGUUUGGGGCUGCCCUGGAGGACGCUUCAAAGGCCAUUAGUCUUGAUGAAAAUUACAUUAAGGUUUUUCUCGGACUUGUUCGAAAAUCCCUUAGGGCUAUUACCGAAGAGCUUCGGCCAACAUGGCUAUGGGUCACUAUGACAAAGCACUUCGCGACUUCGAAACUGUGAGUUCAGCAUUUGGACUGAUAUUAAAAUAAACAGUUUUGACGCCCAUUAUUUGCAUCUGGUCACUUUCUACGCUUCCUGUUUCGCCAUUUGUGACUGUGUUCGCUCCGUUUUGUCAGGAUUUUUGCAGGUGGCCGCGUGGUUGCAAACAAGUGAUAUAUGCAUAUAUAUUCAUUGGAAAAAGUAAGAGACUGUAGUGGCAGUUUCUGACUUAUUUCCCUGAUACCAUUUUAUUGGCCUCUGUCUAGCUAGCAUCUAUUUCGUGGGUCAGUGGUUCGAGUGCCGCAGCGUCCGGCCGUAAUGCUAGACUACCAGUUAACUCGGACCAAAAUCUUGUAUGCCCGCCUGUGGUUGGGGUGUAAAAUGUAAGCACUUUAGGUUCUCGUAUCGUAGGACUUUUCCUGGUUUGGGUCCUGUGCUAAAAUCUUCGUCUAGUACAUUCCUCCUGUAAUUUUCCUUUGUCAUUGUAAACGUCCUGCACGGUAAUAGUUCAAUAGAAAAUACGUAGAAGGGUGAAUAGCUUAUUUGAGAUAGACACGAGGUAGUUUUGAAAAAGGGACAUUCAAACCCCCGACAGGGGUCCAGAACGUUCUAAGUUUGGAGUCGAGGGAGUUGGAGUUAGAAGGUCUACUUUGCACUCCCACUGCAACAAGAUACAGCGCGCCCUGCGUCACUUUUCUGCGCAAGUUAAUCCCUGUCCUUGGUUUAAACACGGUUCAGCUCACUCGCUACAGGCGUAUGUCUUGCUGAUAGCGACAAAUAAGUCAGAAGACGCCGUUUAUAUCUCUGUCGUGCUUAUCAGCAUUAUCGUCACGGUAAUACUAUCUCGUACGGUUUCUGUUAUCGGUUGCCUUGCGAUACUGCUUGGUAACCGGACUUUUAUCUUUGGCACUCACUGUUUUUGAAAGUUAGUUUAUUUAAUGUUUCGAUGUUCUUAAUUUCAAGUACCAUUCAAACAUAUUUUUCGAGAUUCAAACUGCUGUCAGGGGCGUUAACUGGACGUCCGAGUGUUUUUAAUGUAUGGGAUGAGUUUACUGUGCAAACACAACUGAUUGGAUUUAUCAGCAUCCAGAAGUGAUAUGCAUUUGUCUGGACAUGGCACUGGGCGGGAAGAAUGCUAUGUACCUCGACAUUUCGACUAAGCACGAUCGCUGAACAAUAUCGGGAAUACUAUUAGAAAAGCAUCAUUAUACUCGAUGGAAUGUUUGAAAUUAAGGUCCUACUUCGUGUGUCUGGAAAAAGAGCUUGCAUUUUUCGCAGUUAAUGCCAAUCCGAAUGGACCAGACCACAUAAAAAUUGGUAGACUCGGGCACAGUAUAAAGUGGUUGGUUGGGUUUGAUUUGGAAGUGGCAGACCAAUGCGCACAGUAUCGCGGACUUUAAGGGGUAGUUAUUGUAAUGAAAUAAAUAAUUUGGGUCUCACAGGACGUGGUAGUGAAGCCCUGGUGAUCUCUUGUUGUCAUGGAUGUUUAUUUGCUUUAUUUGCCAUGUGAGCUCAAUAAGAAUCCCAAACGAUGCAUUUUCCAUCGCCUAAGUAAAUCAUAGGAAAUACCAAACCGGUCGGUUUGAUAAUAAGACCGUGAUUAUUUCAAACAUUUUCUUGGGUGAUAGAGUGCUUCCCUGUCUUUUUGUGAGCUCUGCAUUCUUUUCGUUACGAAUCUUCAAUUUACCCACUGAUAUAAUCACAAGCUUAUAUCGUAGAUUAAAUAAACUAAUUGAUUUCGGGCUCUUUCAUAUUGGCCCAGCUGUGACAAACCCGGCGCCUCGGUGGGAUUCGAACCCACGACAAUAAGGGGAAGGCUUUAGUACAGCCAGCGUUCUAGCCAACUGAGCUACGAGGCCCCACCGAAAGACGGGUCAAGUUACCUGCCCAACCUACUGCAACGUACGGAAUCAACCAAAUCUGAUGUAGCAAACUGACUGCCCAAACAGUAUUCCCUAAGUAAUCCAUCUAGAAUCCACCAGAUGACUACCAGGCUCACGUCAUUAAUAGAUGUUUUGGCGGAUUUUUAAUAAUUCAUAUUGACUCAACUGUGGAAAACUCGGCGCCUCGGUGAGAUUCGAACCUGCGGCAGCAACCUUUUUGUCCAAUGUUUAAAAUUACAACCCAUCAACUCUGUUCUGCAUUUCCUAAUGUGAGGUUAGCGAAAUUACAGACAUUUCGUGCAGUUACGGGCCCGUGCUGCCAGUUGGUCGCCGAGCGCGGCUACGAAAUAUACCUUUCCUCUGAGCGACAGCAAGCGUUUGAUCAUUAAUCCAGUAAUUAAAUCCACUGUUGCUCUAGACUCCAUUUUGUGCUCAUUUUUUGGGCCUGUGGCAUGACCAAAAAUGAAGCGUCUUGCCACUUCUUUCGUAAUUCUCACUUUUGCCGUUGUGUCCACCAAGCUUUCCUCCACAUCACCCAAAAACGUUCUUCGCAGCCGUUAUCAACUCGUUUCAUGCACAAAAACCCUGUUUUCCCUUUAUUCUUGCACCACUGUUAGGGCAUCUGUCGAUCAUAUUCCAUGUUAUUCCGCUCCCGAAAUGACAUUUGUGUUAGGUAGCAAGACUCCUUAUUCCGUGCACUGUAUUACUGCUUCCUUAUAUGCGAUCGUGUACGUUUUUCACGUUCUGAGCGAUACUACACAUGCGAUAACCAAUGUUGCCCUAAGAUGAUUUUUCUGGUUCACCUAAUGGACCAAUAGAAGAAGUGUCACUGAGCGGAGUUUACUGUAUGCCCGGAGUGUAUACCCACAGUUGAAUGCACAAACCAAGCGCGUAUACGUGCAAGCCGAGUGCAGUUUGAAUGGUGGAAGCUUUCACCUCCCCCUUGUUGAUCCACUUGACAGCGCUGCAGUUGUCCCCUUGGCCAAGACUAUCAAUUUGGUUAGUGGGCAGGCGCACGCAUGCACUGAAUUUUGUGAAUGGUAGCAAUACUAUGUGGCUUGUGGCACCAUUUGGUUAGUCGCACUAUUUAGAUAUCAUCACCAGAUUUAAUAGAUUUCAAUUGAUGCCAUUUGUUUUGGUGAUACCAAUGGAAUUGGCGAUCUCCGUUAUAUCUAGACAAUAAACCGGUAUUUCUCUUCUCGAUUUUUAUCACCAGGUCGUGCGCAAAUACCCAAACAGCAAGGAUGCGCGCCAGAAGUACGACGAAUGCUUCAAGAGACAGCGUCUUCGCGCCUUCGCAAAGGCCAUUGCUAGUGAAGAGAAACCCUCUCCAUUGGAGAAAUUCGAUCCAUCUUCAGUUUGCAUUGAGCCUAGCUAUGCCGGUCCACACCUUGAGCAGAAAGACGACGGGACUUACACAGUUACGCAGAAGUUCAUGGCCGAACUUCUGGAUACGUUUAAGGCCCAGAAGAAGUUGCACCGACGUUACGCGAUGGUGGUAAUUUUCUCUCGUUUACAUGUCAUUCGCCUUGAAACUCAAAAGUACUUGCUGUAGGUUAAUGCACACGGCACCCCCUUCGCAGUGUCUUGAGCUGUAAACAGCUGUUUGUCGGCCAUGAACCUUCAUGUUCUCCACAUUGCUAUAGGCCCCAUGCGAGCGACCUCUUUAGAAUUUUCACUGCCCCUUGUUUUUACCCGCUCGUUCUUUUGAGCUGGUUUUUCUUGAUGCUCACUGCGGGUGUGGAAACCCAUCACCAAGGGCUGUGGAUGUUUGAUAUAAUAACGAUGUAUAAGCAUGAUACAACAAACACUAGGGUAGGAGAGCGUUCUGAAGAUUACCUCUGCCUUGCACUGUUUUACUUUGUAAACGUAGUACACAUAAUGCUGGCAUUGACGGAAAAAGCCCUAAGAAGAGCCGAAAUUUCCCCUAUGACCAAGCAUGCCAUCUGCACUGUAUAACGAAACAUACUGAAAUCAGUUCUUGCCUCAGCCAACCUCUGCCUCCUCUCAAAUGUAACCCACAGCAAUAGCUUCUGAGUAGAGAUCGUUUGUGUGUUCUGCGGCAGGACACGAGAAUAGGAACUCCCAUUAUACAGGUGACUGUGCUAAAUUCCAGGGUACUUAUUCCCGUGUCUUACUUUGAACCUAGCUGUUGGCUACUCGGUGCCUACACAGGUGACGGAUAGUGAAGCCGCCUCCAGCGAAGGUUAGCUGCGAAAUAAGCAGGCUCUCAGUCCUGGCAAAUAGGCAGUCGCGAACCAGCAGCGACAACGCUGUCAGGGCGUGAGGGCUGAGGUCUGGCACGCCACUACCUUACGAAGUGACGCAAUGCCCGAUGAGGGCACUGACAUGCCGACCGUAAAUCACCAUUAAAUAAGUUUGAUUGUCACCAGUGCUUUGUGGUUAGGUCCUUGAGCCGAAGUGCUAGAGACAACCUCGAACAAACAAUCGGAGCCUGUACUCGGGAUCCCCGAGAAACCUCAUAAAAAUGCCCGUCUACAGUAUUGCGAUCUAUGCGACGUCCGCGGGAACGGACGCUCACCCCAACCCUGAUCCAGUGGUGCGCGCGAGCAGUAUGCGAUGAACUAUGCAACCAGAAGCGGACUCUUAGUAUUGAAUGUUGGAAUGUACGAACUUUUCUUGACCCUGGUACGCAGGGUUCAACGGCGCUCAGUCUUCAAUAUAACGUGGAUGUCAGCUGCCUGUCGGACGUCCGAAUCAUCGACUCAGGCGCUAGGGAAAUAAGGGUCCCAGGAGUCAAGUUCAACUUCACUCUGUAUCACAGUGUUUCACGUGACUUUUCUGGUAGACAAAAUGUGGCUAUCGUCCUCUUGGAAGAAGCAAGCCGUGUCUUGCAUGGGAAACAGUCAAUGACCGGAUGACUUAAGUGCGACUGAAGGGUCACAUUACUAAUAUCUCUGUCUUCUCCAUGUACGUACCAACAUUAGGCGCUGAAUAGCGCCAUAAAGAAACCUGCUUGCAGCUGGAGAAGUUAAUUGAAAGAUCCCUCCUUAUCUACCGAUUGUUGCCGGUGUCAGGAAUGGCUGGCCCAGAUCUGGUGACUUCAAACAGGCGCCUUAUUGGCCAUUUUGGGCUGGCCUCUCGAUGCAAAAAUUGUGGGAUAGCGCUGAAUUUUGCUGACCAGAACCGAUUGUUUGUCACCAACACAUGUUUCAAUCAUAACCGCAAACAUCUACUGACCUUGUAUUCGAGCAACGGCCAUACGGAAAGUCAGAUCGGCUGCAUUUAAGUUGGUUCAAGGUUUCGCAGCUGCGUUCACGAUAGCAGAUCGGUGUGUGGUGCCGAAACUGGUCACGCACACGAGUCUGACCGUGUUUUCGUUCGCGUACGCCUGAACAUUCACCUCCCGUCUACACCCAAGAUACCGUGUGCGAGACGCCUUAAUGUCGCAUAAUGUCGACAACCAGGCAGCGUCGAGAUCCUGAGCCCAAAUCUGGUCCCUUUUUACGACCUUAGCUGACGGCGAAGGCAGUGGCUAACGGUCAUCAGUAAAGUGUAUGGGACAGAUAAGAAGAAUCUUGCAUUCACCCAGCGGCGAUACGCUGACUGGACCGGCAGAAGAACCCUGCAGUUGUCUGCCUAGAAGGCUUAGUCCAGGUCACGCAACGAUGCGUCCUUCUGCUGUCACCGUAAAAUGACAGCAAAGUCGGCCAGGGAUGACCGCCGGAAAUAUUGAACUGAAAUAGUGACCUCCACGGAGCAGGCCUCAAAUAUUAAUGAAACUCGUGGACUACCAAAUUAUCCACAAAGUUAGUGGUAAGUCCUCUGCAUUUAGUGACUGCACGCCAUAUCAAUGACGGCUUUAUUGCUGACAACUCUGUUAAGGUCGGUCGUUAACGUGAGCACUUCGAGCAUCUCAACUUUGAUGAGCAACUCAUCACAUCCUCGCUCUCCGCAGCGGAGUUUUAUCUUUCUCCAGACUGCAGUGUUGUGUGACCCCUCUUCUGAGUGAGAAGUUACCGGCGCAAUACGGGACCGCACAACAAUAAGGCGCCCGGAGAGUAUGGCAUUCUCACUGAAAUCUACAAGUCUUGUGUCGACACUUGCGCCCUGGCUCCAUGAGGUGAUUGAGCAAGCGUAGAGAGACGAGGUAGUUCCUGACGACUGGGACUCGGACGUCAUUGUGCCUGCCUCUAAGAGGGGUGAUAAGACAAAGUGCAUUAGCCCCAUCGAUGUUGCUGCGAAGGUCUUAGCUGUUGUCCUCCGACAAUUUCGGUCUGUGCGUGAUUCAAGAACGAGACCCAGCAAAGUCGAAUUCCGUGCUAGGCGUGAAUUAGCGCAGCAAAUAUUCACGCCAAGGCACAUUCUAGAAUUCCGCCACGGCUACUAGCAACCGACGACCGUCUGCUUUGUUCGCUUUGCUGCUGCGUUCGAUUCCGUUUAUCGUGAGUCACUGUGGCGCGUAAUGGAAUUAGAUGGUGUGCCGGCCAAAAUCAUCGUCAGGAUCAAUACCUACUAUCGCUCCACCACUGCGCCAGUUCCCGUCCAUAACAACCUCUGCCAACUGCAUGAUAUCCGAUCUGAUGUUCGACAGGGUUGGAUUCUGUCGCCCAUUACGUUCAGCUACGCCAUUGAUUGGUUUUUCGGAAGGGCUCUAGGUGGAGCUCGCACCCGGAUGUUGACUGACUGAUUUAGACUACGCUGACGAUAUCGCCUUGCUAGCCUCAAGCGUUGGUGAUCUACAGUCUGUGGUGUCACGAGUGAAUGGAGUCACUACUUUGCUCGGUUUAUCUAUAAGCGCAAUGAAUAGCAAAUUGUUUUCGAGCAUCCUCCCUGACCAGAAGAAGGCAAGUCUCGAGAUUGAUGGCUGUCACCUUGAGGAAAUAGACAGUUUCGAAUAACACAAGGCGAGACUGCUAGCAAAUGAACAGACUAAAGACAGCACUGUCUCCUGGAUCGGUGUUGCUCACAGGGUUUUCUCAAUCCCCAAGAAGUGCCCAUGGACCUGAUUAGACAUCUCUGUCCACGAACAUCCGCACGUACUGCGCACCUGUCUGGUAAGUCCUCUACGGCUGUGAAUGCUGGGCUUUGUGCGCGGGAGAUGAGCAAAGACUGGAGGUAUUUGACCAGCGCUGCUUGAGGACUAUCCUUAGAGUGAGUUACACUGAUUUUGUCUCAAAUGAGACAGUUCGCACUCGCGGCGACAAUAUCACGAGGAUAUCUCAUACCGUCCAAGAAAGACGAUUGAUGCGGUUUGGGCACAUCCUCCGUCGUCCGUCUCAAGAACUCGGUCAGUGACGCCUUACAUCAGUUUGCUCGAGCGUUCGAUCCUGAUACUGAAUGUAACAGCCAAAGGCGCUUACCUGUCUUUCACUGUCUGAUGCCGCGUCCCGUACUAAUGGUACGCCACAUUUCAUGGUCACAGUAGUAAUAGCGCCUUGUAAUCUAGAGUUUGGGGAGCGCUGUCCUAUCGGCAUGAACUAGCACUCAUGAACACACUUAUUACGUUUCAAAACUUGCUUAUGCUUUAUAGAGGACCUUUGGGCGGAAUUGUACUACUGGUUUGAGGGGGUCAUUGUUUCACCACAUCUACACACAACACUUCGGGCCACACGUAGUGCCGAUUUUUAUUCACAGAAGGGUCUACUGGCAGCCUUUACCACAACCCUCUUGUGGGAAAAUGCGCCUUCUUAAUUUUAUUCAAAACCCCAUGCCAUUUCCGCUUCGAAGGCGCGUACUAUAACUGGCAUAACGCAACCGUCGAUAAACAUUGCGAAGUAAAGUUAAGCACUUAAUUUUUAAUUAUUUUCGAGUAAGAUGGGUGCUGGCGGCAGAAGGGACCGCAUAUAGGUGGCUUCGCAUAAGUACCAACGCCGUAAACCGUAUUCAAUUCGGAAGCAUAUUUCCGGGUGCCAAUUACGGUUUAUGGCGCUCCAACCCGUUGCGUACGGUUAAAAGGGAUUCAUUUGUGUGGGUUUUCAUGAUAGUACUCUUAUUGCCGAGACAUUUGCUGUCGCUUGAUGUUAUAUUGUUUUGUUAUCGCCGUGCCCUGAAUCUCUGAAUUCUUAUCUCUCUUUCAGAUGAUUAAGCAAUUCUAUGAUAUCCUGCGGCAUCUACCAACCAUGGUCGAAAUCGAUGUUCCCGACGUAAGUUCCGCUAUCUAGUCCACUUACUUUCAAGGGAGCGAAGUUCACGGUUUGUGGCGACGUGCAUGGCCAGUUCUACGAUCUCGUCAAUAUUUUUGAGCUGAACGGUUUGCCGUCCACGAACAAUCCCUACGUAUGCAUCAUCUACUCGUUCCUUACUCUAACAACCUGUCCACUUUUCCGAUAGUUGUUCAACGGUGAUUUUGUAGACCGUGGUUCGUUCUCUGUGGAAUGCAUUUUCACUCUGAUCGGCUUCAAGCUGCUAUAUCCAGACCACUUCUUCAUGUCUCGAGGUAAGGAGUCAGUCGAAUUUCUCCAAUACGUUUGGUGCAGCAGUGCUGUUUGGUAAUCUGGCCAGUCGCUUUCAAUUCGAUCCACAACUUCUAUAAUUUUCCCGCUCUCUUCCAAUCUACAGGAGAGAACAUUGGUUACCCUCAUAUCAUAUGCGGAGCUUAAAGUGAAAAUCAAAGUUGGUAUUUAUCGGAGGGCAAUAUUUUGGUUUAGAAAACCAAAUCACCAGUAUUGAACGUAUCCUAACACCCGUUUGGUAGAGAUGUUUUUUUAAAGAAAGGAAGAAAUGAAAAACGAAACUUCGUGUCAGAUGAGUAACCUUUAUUUGUAGAAGCACAUAGUACGUGCCAAUACAAACGAUGGAAUGAAUAGAAAAGCCUAAGCGUAUCAACUUAAAAAACCGUCUUGGAUAAUCCUCGGGCCAAGUAUCCUACAGGGGUUAAAGUAUGGCAGCCGGUUAACUGCUUUUUGAUUUGCAGUGCUUCCCAGAAUGAUGCGUUUCAUUUUUGCAUUGUUUGGUACGCGUUUAAUUAGGACGAAGAUAGUUUUGAUAAAUCCUCUGGAGGAAUAAAAGUUUUCACAAGGUUACAUGCCAAGAGUCUGGUUAGUUACUAAUGCACUGGAAUGUAAUUGGCAGCUGUAGUCAUAAGCUUGCAACUUUCUGUUUGUAGAAUCUUGCCCCCAUAAAGUUUCUCUGUUUUAUGGAACCCGCUGGGUUUCAAGGCGUCCUUAAAAUACCGAUUAAACACUGCGGUUUUCGAUUUUUCCUCGAUCAGUUGCCUGAAUAAAUGACUUCUAUUGUUAACCGUAAUGAGAACUUUGAGAUGAGGUAGUUUUUGUAGGCUUUUACCUGUGCAGCGGGUUCCCGGACAUUCGUUUUUCAGUAAACGACUGUUUGGGUCAUAUUUGUAAGCUCACCUGUACCUGAUACCUCAUAGUUGACAGAAACGAACAUCCACACCGAAGUCCUGCGAUCAUAUGAACAAACGCGUUUUCUUUUCGAGAAGGGAUUUUCUGGGAGUAUUUUGCUUAUGAAUGCCCAUGCCCUUCACCCUUCUCCCACCCAGAGUGUGGGGGUGGGGGGGGGGGUGAACGUAGUCAUUUCACCCAUUCAUCCACUUCCUUAACCGAUAACAGCAAUUGGUCCGCUGCAAACGAAACAAUACCCUCUCUGUUUAUUUUUACAACCGUUUUCGUUUUCUUUAUUUGGUUCUAGGUCUUAUUCUGCUACAAUAUGUGCGCCAUAUAAAUACCAAAAUAUUUCUAAAACGGAUAACACUAUGCUCGUUCUGGUCCUAAAUUGCAUAUCAGUAGCAAGUAAACCACGUAAAUGACGUCCCAACAUAUACUCGAAAAUUCGAAUUGCCAUUUCACGGUGGUUCAUUUCGCACCAUCAUGUAUGAGUUGCAUCGACGUUCCGUUACUCGCUACCUAGUAUUUCAACUGUCCCCAAGUCGUAUUUUCAGUUUGGAAGUAUAUCCAUUGCUGACCCUGUUUCUGAGUUUUUCUCCAAGGAGGUGUUCUUCAGAAAGCUUUCUGAAGACUUGUUUUCGCUCUAAAACCUGCGACUUAUUUUUAGGCAACCACGAGUCCGAGAACAUGAACCAAAUGUAUGGUUUUGAGGGUGAAGUGAAGUCAAAGUACAACGCUGAGAUGGCAGAAGUCUUUACGGAGGUUUUCAAUUGGCUCCCACUUUGUCACCUGAUAAACUCGAGAAUACUGGUAGGUUAAAAGCCAUUUUGGAAGUAAGCAACUGCAUACCGUUUCCAAAUUGUAGUAUACGUUUGAUCCCUAUCCUUUUAAAAUUGGGUAACAGUUUAGUCGCUGAAAGGGUGCCCAUAGUCAGUGGUUGAGAGCUUGUAUUUUACAAGUGUACAUUUGCCAUCGCACAGCACUUCGGCAAGAAUGGCCUGACAAAGACGCUCAUUUCAUGCAUGACAGCUACGUAAAUGUUACCCAGCAUACCGUUUGCGAGGACUCGAGUUCCGAGCUUCAAUUGAAUGUACUUAUUCGCCUUUACUAUCAGGCCACAUAGGUAAACAUUAUUCGGUAGGAUGUGGGAAUAUCAGUUCCCCGUAUUACAGAUGGCCCCGCGCCAAAUUCCCGGGGUGGGGGUCAAGCUUAGGGUUAGUGCCAGGGCUAGAUUUAGAACAUGGGCAUAUUUUUUUUGGUACUGCUGACGAUUAAAAUUGACUUUCCUUUUCACGAUGCAGGUUGUCACUCGAACAUCCGAUCCUUUCACAGCAAGUUAUUUGAUUGCAACGGUGCUCCAGGUAUGGGGUUCAGAAAGACGGGAGUAGGAACACCCCCCAGCCCGUCAUACAUGUGGCCUUGCGCUAAAUCCGCUGAAGGAUACCAAUUCCCUAACAUUAGCCUUAACCUUUGUCCCCCUCGAAUUUAGCACAAGAUCGCCUCUGUUAAGGGUGGGAGGAGGAGGUGUUUUUAUUCUCGUAUUCUACCCUGGGUACACGUGCUGACACGUAGUUUAGCCCUAAAGCCUCGAUGAUAAAUGUUCGUAGUCUCUUUGGUUCCAGUGUAGAACCAUUUGAGAACUGUAUCCAAAAACUCAAUAAGCCACCAUUUAUUCAGUGACAUCGUGCUCUGAACGCCACUAAUUAGUCGACAGCUUCAAUGUUUACUGAAGUAUUCGAUCGACCCCUUCUUUGUCACCGAGAAUAAUAGUAAGUUGAAAGUUAUCUUGGAGUUUCCUUACCAACCCUGUGUCAACGCCCCUACGCGCCCAACCUGGAAAUUCCCGAUUUUGCCACGUCUACAUUGACCAGCAGACCUCUGUUCGUCCCCCGCUAAUGUAUUAGGAGUCACAAGACAGAGGUUUUCAUGCAGUCCAAGCCUGAUUCCUUCUUUUUGACGCAACUUUGUGCCACUUCUAAAUUGUGCGCACUUACACUAAACAUGCGAUCUCUAUCCUCUCGAAAUGAAGUGGCAGUUAAGUCGCCGCAUACACUUGCAUCGAUUUGCAGCAGUGAAAACAGUUAGAUGAAGCCGAGUUCUUAGCUGUGCCCUCGGUCCAUGCCGGAUUCACGGGCGUAACCUGCGACGUUCGUUUUGCUGCCGUUUUUGAUGGACUGCCAGACACGGUCAGCCGCUCUUCUGACAGACAGACAAUGCUGAUGCCAAAGCUACGAAGGGUGCUCUCUCUGUCAGCGCUUGAGUGCCCGUCUUGCACGAAUGCGCAUUUUCUACCUCACAACUCUAAGCCUGCCUAAGCCUUAUUUUCGGACUGAGUACUGUGCAUGGUUCUGACAUUGUACAUCUGAGUACGUAGUCUUCUUUCCGGUCACAGGCGAUCUGUGGCUUGUAUUUGCUGGAUCUGGGUAGCUAUUCGCCCUGAUUGGCCUCUAUCUAGUCUCCCCCAAAUGUUGGUUGUUGCCAUGGGCCAAGGAGGGACCACAUUGGCUAAUGGCAUGGUUUGCGCGAGGUAUGUGAGGUUUCUGUGAGCCCUUAACUGUUGCCGCGUGCACUUGCGACACACGGAGACGGAAUCCCGCGUGCCACGCCAAGCAUCGCGAGGGGAGGCCGAUCGUUUGAGCAUACAGGCAUAUCUCUUGUCUUUUUUUAACAAAUCAGAACAUUAUUGGAGAGCAUCAAAAGGUAGAAGCAAAAAUGCAUAAUUCAACACAGUGCCAGAUUGACGGCUGUAUGGCAGAAGGUGGGAUUGGACGUUGAACCUGAUACACCAUUUUGCUGCUCCUGCUUGAAGGCUAUUCAGUGGGAGGAGACCAGAAAAGAAGGGGAAGCAGGCAUCACCAAUGUUUUGGAGAAAGGUGUUUAAUUUCUAGAAAUUUCAAGUCAUACAGCAGUGUGAGAGAUGACGCAGCCUAAGACCACCCGUACUGUGCCUUACCUGGGGGAUUAUUUCAGGGAGGGGGGCAGUGGAAUAUUUAUAAAACAAUGCCGCCGUUUGUUCUUUUGAUUAGGUCAUGCACGGAGGCCUUUUCAGCAAGGAGGAUGUAAAACUUCAAGACCUGAAGACCAUCGAUCGAAAUCGUCAACCGCCAGACAGCGGACUCAUGUGUGAAUUGCUGUGGUCCGACCCCAUGGAUGGCAAAGGAAGGGCCCCGUCUAAACGGGGUGUCGGAUGCCAGUUUGGUCCAGAUGUCACGGAGGAUUUCUGCAAACGCAACGGUCUGGAUAUGAUUAUCCGAAGCCACGAAGUAAGGGCCACGUUGUAAUCCUCGUUCGCCUUUCUAUUAUCGCAUGCUUAGUGUAAUUACCUUAGUUGCAGUUCCCUAUGGUAGUCCCAGCGUCAAUUUAUUUUUACUCGCUCCGGAUUUUUUUUUCCAGAAAAAAGCUGAUACUGCAGUUCAUUUUCACCAUCGACAUCUUCUACAACGUACUAGGCAAAACUACCACCGGCAUCUUAUUUCGGCACUCUUUAAAUUACCAGGUGUUUUUGGCAGGUGUGAAUAAUUCAUUUGACCGAGUUGUGAUGGGAUCCGGUGUGCAUUCCAACCCAGGACAGCACGGGCAGGGCCUAGGCGCAGCCAACGACCGAACCACCUAGCUGCGAGGCCCAACCGACAGCCGUGAGUUUAAGUAAGACUGGUAGUCAUCUGGUGGAUUUCAAAUUGACUGCCUAGGAAAUCCUGCUUAGUUAGUCAGCUUGCUGUAUCAGUAUUGGUGGAUCCCAUACACUGCAGUAGGCUGGGCGGAUAAAUUAACUAUUAAACUCACAGCUCCUAGAUUGGUCUCGUAGCUCAGAUGGUUAGGAUGUGGAUUGUAUUCAAACCUUGGCCUUACUGUCGUGGGUUCGAAUUCCACCGAGGCCGUCGAGUUUUUCACAACUGGGUUGGACGAACUCUUGUAAUUAUCGACCCAGGGGAAUUAGAAUCUUAAAGCCUUUUGUUACCAAUUUCUUCCCUCAUACUACUCAAUGGCAACUAUCCCACCUUGCAGACUGAAAUGACAUCUCUAGCUUGAUGCUUUCAAGCGAAGGACUUUCUAGAUGAAGCUGCUUUAAAAUUUCAUGUCUGUAAGAGGAAUUUGUGUAGUCCUGUUCUGCCUCCCAACCAGUAGCCUGAAUUUUUUGCGCUUUGACGAUUUGUUUCUCGGACACGGAGUGUUAAAAGUCCAUUUUGUCUUCUGACUAAAAUCCUUUUUAUCCCGCCUCUCCCCAUGAAGGUGAAAAACGAGGGCUAUGAAGUAGCUCACAACGGCCGCUGCAUAACUGUGUUUUCAGCGCCGAACUACUGUGACACCAUGCGUAACCGUGGAGCUUUCAUUGUGUUCCGGGGAUCCAAAAAACCGGGCGAAAUGAAACCCGAGUUCACAAGCUUCAAGGAGGUACCUCACCCACAGGUCAGGCCCAUGGCCUAUGCCAACUCGCUGCUCUCUUUACUGGUGUAG